AUGGCGUCUACCGACGUCGUCAUGGCCGAUACGGGCGAAUACAACAUCCCACCACGCAAGAAGCCAAAGAUCAGUGAGCUGCCACUAUCCUCCGCACAACGCGGUUCCAUCGACACGCUCCUGCACACGUUCAAGAAGCGCGGCGAGUUCGACACUGUGCGCAAGAAGGCUUUCCAACAGUAUAAUGAGAGUGCAUCACGUGGCAUGUUCGAGGCGUCGCUGCGCAACUUCACUACAAAUGAGAUCGAGCGGGAGCCCGUGAAGUACUUAAAGCCCGAUCGAAGAAUCGCAGCACCUUUACUGGAAGGUGCGGCGGCGAGAGGCGGCGUCUACUCAAAAGUCGAAAGUGAUGUGGAGGGCUACAUUGAGCAGUAUCUAGCCAGCGCAGAGAAUGCCUUGAGAGACCUGCGCAGACAGGAAAUUGGUGACGAUGCGGUGGAGCAGGAAAUCGCACGCGGCAGCAAAAGCGAGGAGCAAUAUGCUGCUGAAGCCGAGCAGAGAAGAAAUGACCGCGCGAAGAAGUUUGCAGAUGAGGAGAAGGGUAGAAAGAAGAAAGAGGCAUCGGAGAGGAAGAAGAAGGAGCUCGAAGCGCUGUUGAAGAAGCAAGAGGAGCUGAAGGCCGAGACAGAGAAGCUGCAGAGAGAGCAUAAGAGGCGCGCAGAGCGUGAAGCCUGGAAAAACGCCGAAAAGGAGAAGGAGCGCGAGCGCAUCCGCAAGUUCAACGAAGAGCGUGACCGCCUUAAGAAGGAGGCAGAUGAGCGGGAGGCGGCGAAAGAAGCAGAGCGACAGAAGAGGCAACGCGAGAGAGAGGAGCGUGAGGCGAAGCGGCUCGAGCAAGAAGCGCUGGAUCUAUUAAUCAGGGAGGGCAAGCAGAUGGCGGAAAAGAGCAAGCGGCCGGAACCAGAGCGUAGUGAGAGCAUGGAGCCACCAGCGAAACUUGCACGAAUGACCUCAGCGCCGCACGACAAGCUUUCCCGGGACGAGAUGAGAAGCCAAGGACUAUUGCCGACUUCGUUGACCCUUAAGAAGGGUGAUAAGGCAGGCACGUCCGCACGUAGCCCUCCAGCUCCGCCAACCGCCCCAGCGUCCGGUAGGGAUGACGCCAGGCCUGGAAGCCGCAGCCGAAGAGACAUGUCCCCAGAUUACGAUGAUCGUCGUCCGUUGCGGCGCGAUCGUGAUGCUCUACGCAGAGAGAGUGGAAGAUACCGGGAUGUCAGUGCCGAGCGGGAAGCAUGGAAGGCUCGUGCACGAGGUGGGAGAAGCGAGCGUGGCGAGGAGGGCGAAGUGGUGGAGCCUCGCCUGUCAACGCGCCUCAGAAGCCGCUCACGCGACUUUUUCAGGAGAAGGCGUGACCGCGACUCGCGAUCGCCUCCGAGACGCAGAGACCGCAGUCGCUCACGCUCGCCACCACGCAGGUACCGCUCGCCUCCCAGGAGAGGAGGAAGAAGCCGCAGCCCGCCUGGUAUCGAUCGGUAUGUGCCAGGUGGCGCUGCUGCGGCCAAUACUGGUGCCAGAAGAGAAAAAGAUGACGGCCCGAACGAGCGACCACGCGAUCGACCGCGAGACCGGGAACGGGAGCCCGAGUGCAACCGUGAAGAUCGGGACUUGAGAAACCGCGACAGAGAUCGGGACCGAGAUCGUGAAGCCGAUCGCAGGAGACGACCACGCGACGACGACCGCCCAAGGCCAAGUGACAUUGACCGCUACAUCCCUGGCUCCGGCGCUCGGCCAGAUGAUGGUGACAGGUCGGUCCGUCGCAGGGAGCGGAGCCGCAGUCGCGUCCGGGAGAGGGACAUUCGCGAUCGUAGGGAUCGCAGCAGGGACAAAGAUCUUCAGAGGGACAGGCGUGAGCGCAGCCGUGAUAGGGGCAGAGCUGCGCCAAGGAAUGAGCCAAGCAGGGAGGAGGUGAAAGCCACUCCAAAGGCAGAGGAAGUGGAGAAGGUGGAGAAGGAUAGAGACGCUGACAUGCCGGAUGCGCAAGCGGUGGAAGGAGCGAAGGCUGAAUGA